CGAUCCUUUCCCCUGCCCUCUAUCUGUGUGAUAUCAUUCUGCAACCAUGGCUGCCGGUCUACAUUUCGACACGGACUACGAUCUUGCGGCUUUCAUCGUGCGCUUCCUCGUGCUGCCGGCGCUGGUCGCCUGCGCCGCGGCCUCCACCUGUUUCCUUCGCAACUGGAAGGGCCUCAGUCGCAACCUGACAAUCACUUACCAUGUCGCCGUUGCGACCUUUUUGAUUUCUCAGAUCUUCUGGAUCGUGUACGAUGCUCUCUACGCAUCGAAACUCGACACCUACAGCGAGAGAAACUUCGUCUCCGACUGGCGACCACUAUACAUCUUCGACGUCGUCUGCGCCGCCAUCGAUGACAUCGCCCGAGUCGCGGCCUUCGCCGCCGUCGCAUACUUUGCAUUCACCUUCGCUUCCAUUUCCGGACGACCGCGAGUGGUCAAGAUCUUCGCCAGCCUCGCUGUCGUCGUCUUGUCUGCCCUCCUCAUCGCGAAUAUUGGCAUCCGUGCACACACCGUCGACGUCGAGAUGACCGAGCAGGUCGCUGUCUAUGAUUCCGACGUCUCCUACUACAGGGACGACCCGUUCGCUGCAACACAUUCCUGGAGAGCGCGCCAGCGUGCUGUCGAGGUGGCUUUCCACGCCUUCUACAUCCUCGCCGUACUGGUCGUCGGCGUGAUCUCUUUGUCAACACGCAAUUGGCCCCUGCGCAGCGCCCAACUCCUCCUCCUACUGAUCGCCGUCCUCGACCUGGUCUUCUCCGCCUGGUCAAUGAGCGUCAAUGCCUUCUAUGACCAGAACUUCGAUUACUUCGCCGAAGUGCAGUAUAAUUGGAUCGAGACGAUUAUGGUGAUCAUUUUGCAAACAUGUGUUUAUGUUGCUCUCCUGUUUGCGCCCUCGCGGCCAUUGAAGCAAUGAUCGUUCGUUGACACGCAUGCUGUGGCUGGCCCAAGUGGGAUCUGUUGUGUACUUAACUGUCUUUGUAUGUAAUGUUUAUGAUGUGCAGCAGUCGAUUCAAUCGGACAAGGCACUUCGAUGGCUUAAUGAGAACGA